AUGGCCGGAAUAGUGGUUGUGUUCGACUUUGAUCGGACCUUAAUCGACGGAGACAGUGAUAGAUGGGUGGUGACUCAAAUGGGUCUCACUUCUUUGUACAAUCAGCUCCGCACGACGCUCCCCUGGAACUCGCUUAUGGAUAGGAUGAUGAUGGAGCUUCAUUCGCAAGGGAAAACAGCUGCGGACAUUGCUCAGUGCUUAAGUCAAACUCCAUUGCAUCCGCAGGUCAUUGAAGCGAUAAGAUCAGCUCAUGCCCUUGGAUGUGAAUUGAGAAUCAUUAGUGAUGCAAACCUCUUUUUCAUUGAGAAGAUAUUGGACCAUCAUGGACUGUUGGGAUGCUUCUCACAUAUUGACACAAACCCGGGUGAGUUGGAUGAGCAUGGGAGGGUUAGGAUCUCGCCUUAUCAUGAUCACAGCUUACCUCCUCAUGGUUGCUGCCUAUGUCCUUCCAAUAUGUGCAAGGGCUUGAUAAUCAAUCAAAUUCGCAGUUCCAUUUCGAACAACGAGAAGAAGCAAUUUAUCUACCUUGGGGAUGGCGGUGGUGAUUACUGCCCGUCUCUGAAGCUUGGAGAAAGUGAUUAUGUAAUGCCAAGGAAGAACUAUCCUCUAUGGACACGAAUUCGCAGUGACCCGCUGCUCAUCAAGGCAGAAGUUCACGAAUGGACUGAUGGCGAGGAGCUUGCAGAGAUCCUCCUCCACCUGAUUCAUACCAUAUCUACUGAUGGAAAAACUACUUGA